UCCAGACCAACAGCACGCUGCUCUCCAGCUCGUCUGUGGCUACAGCUCUCAAAAACUUGUUACAACAUUUCUGUCGGGUUUUGUUUUAAAUGUCGCCUUUUCAGAAUUCAGAUCUGUUGUUGUUUGAAGAAAAUGUUUGAGACAUUUAUUUUCAUCUGUUUGUGCUCAUGGAGUCUGGCUGGUGUGUUUGAUGAAGAAGUGAAGUCAGUGUUGGUGAUGGAGGGAGAUUCUGUCACUCUAAACACUGAUGAUACUGAUAUACAGAAAGAUGAUAAGAUACUCUGGAGAUUUGGAAAUGACAUUCUCAUCGCUCAAAUCAACAGAAAGAACAAUGAGAGCAAGUUUUAUAAUGAUGGUCCUGCUGGUAGAUUCAGAGACAGACUGAAGCUGGAUCAUCAGACUGGAUCUCUGACCAUCGGGAACAUCACAAACACAGACGCUGGACUUUAUAAAGUAACCAUCACCAGCAAACAGACGCCGCUCAACACAUUCAAUCUUACUGUCUAUGCUCAUCUGCCUGUUCCUAACAUUGUCAGAGACUGUUCUUCAUCAUCAUCAUCAUCAUCCUCAGAGCAGAAUUGUUCAUUGCUGUGUUCAGUGGUGAAUGUGGGUCAUGUGACUCUCUCCUGGUACAAAGGAUACAGUUUAUUGUCCAGCAUCAGUGUGUCUGAUCUCAGCAUCAGUCUCUCUCUACCUCUGGAGGUGGAAUAUCAGGAUAAAAACAGCUACAGCUGUGUGCUCAACAAUCCCAUCAGCAACCAGACUCAACAUCUGGACAUCACUCAACUCUGUCACACAUCUUCAGGUAUGUCAGUGAUAAUAAUUUGUGCUAAUUUACACAUUCACUCACACCAAUGACUGUCUCCUUCACAUCCUCCAGAUGUUUCUGUAUAUCUGAUAGUGCUGAUCUUUGCAGCUGGAUCUCUGUUGAUCAUUCCUGCUGUCGUGA